GAUCGAGCGCGAGAGGCUCCCGCUGCCUGCUGUGCCCGCCUGCCUGUGCGCUCGUUCCGUCCCUCGGCUCUCCUCCGCGGUUCCACUGGGCGGUGCUCCCCCAGCGAUGCCGAACUUCGCCGGCACUUGGAAGAUGAAAAGCAGCGAGCAUUUCGACGAGCUCCUCAAAGUCUUGGGGGUCAACGCCAUGCUCCGGAAAGUGGCUGUGGCAGCUGCCUCGAAGCCACAUGUGGAGAUUCGCCAGGACAGAGAUCAGUUCUACAUUAAGACCUCCACCACAGUCCGCACCACUGAGAUCAGCUUCAAAGUAGGGGAGAGCUUCGAGGAGGAAACUGUGGAUGGCCGAAAAUGCCGGAGUUUAGCCACUUGGGAGACUGAAAACAAGAUCUAUUGCAAACAAACUCUUCUGGAGGGUGAAGGCCCCAAAACCUAUUGGACAAGAGAACUGUCUGGAGACGAGCUGAUUUUGACUUUUGGUGCCAAUGAUGUCGUAUGCACAAGAAUUUACGUAAGAGAGUGAAAAGUACCAGCCACCACCAUGUGAGAUGAAAGGAUGGAUUAACAAGCAGAUAUUGGGGGGGGGGAUCCUGCAUAGUAAACAUCCAUGUGUGCAGCCUUAAGAGCAGCCUUGGACGUGACCAUACAUGUCAUCUCAAAUCCCAGUUGACCAGCCCAUACCUCGGGCUUUUUGCUUUGCUUACAAACCCUAGUCCCAAUAGAAUUGUGUGCGCGUUGAGUGUGUGUUUCUUUCCCCUCUACUUUGUAUUUUGUAGUUAACAAAUUUGUAUGAUUUGAG